AUGUCAGACAAUGUGUCGGUGAUCGACGCGAUAAAGCUGGUGGCCAAGGCCACCCGAGAAGACACCAACAAGGUAGUGGAUAUGGUCAAAGGUGCUCUGCAUCCAGAGCAGAUAGACGAUAUGCGGCUUAUGCUGUCAAGGGCCCGUGAAGGCCGGCUCGGCCGCUACGUCCUCUGCGGCUGCUCCUCUUUGGAGCGCGAUACUUCUCUGCGCCGACGUGCUUCGAAGGGGGCCAACAAGGCCACCGCUAAGUUUCAAGGGGUGCCGCCCAUCGGAGAGGGAGUACCCUCCGUUAUCUGCUACAACAGGCAGACGGUGUUCUCCACCGAUGCAGGGGUGGAGGCUAUGAUACCGAGGACGCGCCGCCUCCAUGACGCGCAGGUGUCGCUACAUCGUCAGCAGCAACAACUGGACGAACGCUAUCAGCGGGACUCCGAGAAGCUGGCGCAAGCUGUGGAGGAGGACCUGGUUAAUCGUUUCAGGUCCUCGCUACGGGUGGCGCCCGAUACAGCUGGAGAGGAAGCCAAAAGAGGUGGAGCUUCCUCUUCCACCGCUACAACAAUGGGGGGGGGCUACAAUGCCCCCUGCUGCUACUCGACCGCUAACAAGGACGCUUCGUCGCUCUCGCUUGGGGGGAGGGGUGACGGGCGGCUCUCCAAGAAGGUGCCCAAGCAUGUGGGCUACUUCUGCGUUGAUGAGCCGGGCAGAGCCGAUAUGAGCUAUCGCAACACGCCUGACUGCGAGAAGCUCCCAGGGGCGCUAA